AUUGUGUCCGUCGUGUUCAUCGUGGUGAAGUCCGUCGCUUUCAGCGUCGAAGAUGACGGAUGUGACGUUAACUGCUCUACAGUUUUCGAAGACAAUGUUUUCGUCUGUAAUGGUGAGCUGCUAGACAUCAACUCCUCAAUCCUUUUUCUUCCCGCUUGCCUUUUAGUAGUCUUCAUGUCAGAAACACCCGAACUUUGCAUUGUGUCCGUCGUCUUCAUCGUGGUGAAUUCCGUCGCUUUCUGCGUUGAAGGAGACGGAGCUGUCGAGUGGUUGAUAGCUUGGUGUUUUGAUGUUCUUGUAAUUGCAAUUUCUGUCGCUAUCGUACUUGUGUUUGUCAUAUUUGUAAAGCCAUCAAGUUUGCCUUCAGUCGCUGUGUUUCCUGUGUUCUUCGUCGAAGCCCUACUCGGAGUGAUCUCUUGA